AUGCCGAAGAAAGCGCCAAAAAUGACUGAAGAGGAGCGACUCCAGUGGGAGCAGGAUAAAGCCGCUGCCGAAGCUGAAGCCGAGCGCGCGGAAAAGGAAAUGAUCCUCAAUUACAUGAAGGACAAGUUCGCCAGAGAGGAGAAAUACUCAAAGCUCAACAAUAAAAAACUCAUUGAAAAAUGGAGGAGCAUAAUGCGCCAGUCAAAGUCGGCAGAAUUGAAGAAAGAGCUGGAGAUUCUGUCGCACACUUUUGAGCGAAUCAUGGACAGGAAAGAUGCAAACGCGGCUGUCAAUGACCAGCAGGAUCGCUACAACGAGGAGAUCAACAUGGAAACGAGCAAUUUCGAUGAAACGGCGCAGACCUACGUUGACAAGACGGAGAAGUCGGAUCAUGACUUCGACACGAUGAUGUGCGCGCUUGAACAAACUCAUAUUGAUAAAACGAGCAAGUUAAAACAAGAAUUUCAAUCGCUGCGUGAUGAAAUUAAAAACAACACUCAAGAUGAGAAACACGCGCUGCGCAUUUCCUUGGAGGCGGCGGUGGAGAAGCUCUUCAAAAUGUUCCAACAAGCACAAAAGGACUAUGACAACUCGACCUUGGAGCGACGCAAAGAAUUCGAAAAACUCCAAGCCAAAGAUGCAAAGUCCUCAGCGGAGAUUGAGCUGCAAAUGAACAAACUCGCCAAAAUUCAAGAAAAUAUAAACAUCGUCAAGCAAAAAAUGGUCAAUAACACUAAAGAAUAUGAAGAAAAACAUGCCGGUCUGAAAGAAAACAAGGAUCAUCUGCAAACGCAUUUCCGCGUCCUGCGAACCGAAAUGAGCAAGCAGCGAAAUAAAGAACGGGAAAUGCUAACGAAAUUAACCCUUGCAUCAGAAGAAGCACUCAAAAGGCAGAAAAGCAUUGACGAAAAGGCUUCUAAAAUCUUGAAAAUAGGCGAAAUGUGCCGAAAACUCGAGACAGAGGAAGAGCAAGUUCUUCCAUUUGGCAUCGUUCCACCUACUCCUCGUUCUGAAGAGGAGGACAAGUCGUUAGACGAUGGCAAGCCGAACCCCUCACUGAAAUCGUCAAAGAUUAUGAGCAGCUCGAGGGCUUCUGGAGAAGAUACAACAAGACAAACUACUUCCGGAGACAAGGGUGAGCCCCCACGUGGAAGCUUCCAAUCCUACUCCUACCACUACUCGAAUAUCAACGGCGACAAGAAGGAAGUAAAGUUUAAAAAUAUCCACUGGAAAGACCGAGCCUCCCUGCCAAUCGGAAAUGGCAGUUAUCUGAAUCCGGUGCUCAUCGGCAAUUUACCCGCGGACACUGAAAUGCCUGGUCUGAGGAAAAUCGAACGUGAAAGUCUUCCCGUAAUUGAUGACUCUUGGUUUCACCAGGUUCAGUCUCGACUGCUCGUGGAAUUCUACAAGCUUCAAAACGCUCUGGGAAUCGGCGACAACAAAGGAAUGGACGAAGAGAAGCUGCUUCAAGUGGAAAGGGACAUUCCUGAUUGGGUUGGCAAUAGAUACCUUUAUUUUAACAGAGGGCUCAAUCGACUUCAAGCUGAGAAAGCUUUGUUAUCAGGAUUGGCCGAUGUGAACCAGCGGCGCCUCUUCAAUUGGCAAGAAAUUGCGAACUCGCCCAUCGCCACCCAGUGCGACUUGAACACGUUGAAGGAUAUGCAGAAACAUGCCGCGAAGCUUGAUACGAUUCCGUUUCGACAGUCGUUUGUUCAAAGUUCAUUCUACCAAGCCUGGCGAGACCGGAAGAAAGAACUCGAGAGCCAAGGAAUACCAUUUGAAGAUUACGUUAUCGACAAGCAGUAUGAAGAUUUCCUUCGUGGUCCGAACCCGGAUGUGGCGCGCGCCGAGCUCACCAAAGUCCUUGGUUUGUCAUUAUAUGCUUUCCUAGCUGCCCGAAUGACUUACGCGAGGCUCAAGAUUGUCAGUUACAUAAAGGUCUGCUUUGUCAUCAAUACGGCAACCUGCUUCAUUGUGAAACUCUUCUUCGCCAAAGGGAGUCGACUAUUGAUCCCAACGAUCUCAUUCAAUCACGUCGCUGCUUCAUUUUUGAUGAUGUCCGCGUUGGUACUGACGAAUAUGUCCCUCGAGUUCGUCCCGUACCCGGCAAAGAUUCUCAUCAAAUCCUGCAGACCAAUUCCAGUUUUCUUUGCUACACUUUGUCUUGCUAAUACCCGUCAUUCGCUCAUGAAGAUACUGUCUGUUUUGCUUCUUCUGGUUGGAAUACUCAUCUACAUGAUUGACGAAAGAGGUGCCUUCAACAACAGCGCUCUUUUUGGCAAUAUCAUACUCUUUGUUUCCAUCUGCCUUGAUGGACUGGCCGCAUUCUUCUUUGAAAAAAUCCGUUCAAAAGUUCAAGAAAAAAAUUCUGAAAGCUCUAUCGAAGCAACUCUUCAACUAGUUGCAUCCAUCAACUUCAUCGCUAUCUUCCUCUCCAUACCUGCCCUCUUCAUUAACAACGAUGUUUACAAAGCAUAUCAAUAUCUACAGCUGAACUCGAACAUCGUGAUGCCAAUCUUCACCUCAACGUUUUCCUAUGCACUCGGGCAGAUUGCCAUCGGCGCUUCCUAUCUGCAGUUUGGCACUCUAUCCACUUCCAUGGCUCAAACUCUCCGGAUUAUGAUCACGCUGAUCGGAACUGUAGUGCUCUUUCACGAUCCAUUCAGCGGGCUGCAAAUGAUCGGAACCAGUUUCAUGCUCCUUGGAAUUUUCAUCAACUUUGCCCAGAGUUUUCGAUCGUCAAGAUCGGAAGAAGAGAUGCUUCGAACAGUUUCCUUUCUGGAUGAUCCCGAGAAGAUCCCUCUUGUCGACUCAGAUGACGAAAGUGUCUCUAGUCAAAGCAGUUCAACUGAGCUAUAA